AUGUCUUUCCGGGGCCGUGGUACGGGCGCCAAUCGUGGCGGUAGCUUUGGUGGUCGGGGUGAGAUGGGAACUGUCAUGCAUGCCUGCGAAGGCGAGAUGGUCUGCGAAUCGAUUAACCCCAAGAUUCCUUACUUCAACGCCCCCAUCUACCUCGAGAACAAAACUCCUAUCGGCAAGGUCGAUGAGGUUCUCGGUCCCAUCAACCAGGUCUACUUCACCGUCAAGCCUCAGGAAGGUAUUGUCGCGACGUCUUUCAAGGCUGGUGACAAGGUCUACAUCGGCGGAGAUAAGCUUCUCCCAUUGGAGAAGUUCCUUCCCAAGCCCAAGCCCCCACCGGCGGCCAAGCCCAAGAGAGCUGGCGGCGCUGGUCGUGGUGGCGCUGGUGGCCGCGGUGGUGCUAGAGGUCGUGGUGGUCCUCGCGGAGGUGGUCGGGGUGGAUUCUCUCGUGGUGGCGGUGGUGGUUUCGGCGGUGGUCGUGGUGUACGGCCAUGUCGUCUUAGCAUGUCUCGAAGGACAUCCACCAUGCCGUCGAAUACGUCUCAAAACAGCGGUGUUUCAUCUGCCAGUGAUGGAGGACAGGAAAAACAGAAGAUGCUUCUCUCGGCGGAGACAGGACAUUUCAGCAUGGUCAGAGCUCUGCAUCUCGCCGAUCUUGUGACUGAACUUAAUGUAGUGAUGUCUGUGUUUUCGUCGAUGCGCUAUUGUCUCGGUGAUCCCACUGAUUACUCCUCUCUCUGGGCCGCUCUCACAUUUAUGCCUUUCGGGCUUUUCUUCGAUUUCAUGGAUGGCAAGAUUGCUAGAUGGAGGAAGAAAUCGUCCUUGAUGGGACAAGAGCUCGACUCUUUGGCGGAUUUGAUCUCCUUCGGCAUGGCACCCGCCGCUGCAGCAUUUGCCAUGGGCAUUCGCACCCCUGUCGACCACCUCUUCCUUACGUUCUUCGUUCUCUGCGGCUUGACUCGAUUGGCACGAUUCAAUGUGACCGUAGCUGUUCUUCCCAAGGACAAAAGCGGCAAAUCUAAGUACUUUGAGGGCACUCCUAUCCCAACUACCCUAUCGAUCGCCGCGUUCAUGGCCUAUUGUGUCUCUAAGGACUGGGUACAGGACAAUCUCCCGUUGGGUCUUGCAGCCCAAGGAACGGCAUUCGAAUUCCACCCUCUUGUGCUCCUGUUUGUGCUCCACGGCUGCCUAAUGGUCAGCAAGACGCUGCACAUUCCUAAGCCCUGA